ACUUGACAUCUUGUUACAUUGUGAGUAUUGUUCUUUCCGUGCAAUCUAAUCGGAGUGAGAGAGAUAUGGUGAGUACUCUGGAAGCAGAUGUUGAACUCCAAACUUCAGCUUUGAAGUUUCUGGAGAUAUUCUCGACCAAAACAUACAAGCUUGCCACGAUCUCCCCCGACAUCAUUCAAAGCCUCGAAAUUAUUGGCGGUGACUGGGGCACCGCAGGCUUCUCCUUCCUCGUGCAUUACACCGUGGAGGGAACAGCACAGGUAGCGAAGGAGGUGGUGGAAAGCAUAAACUUAAUAGAGCGAUCAAUAACAUUCAAAGUGAUAGAGGGAGAUCUGUUGGAUGUGUACAAUAGCUUCAGGUUUAUUCUGAAAAUCACUCCGAAUGUACUGUCGGGCAGCGUAGUGCACUGGACUUUGGAAUAUGAGAAGCCAAGCGAUGACACUGCAGACCCAACCUCGUUGAUGAAAGAGGUUAUUCAAGUUUCAAAAGAUGUUGAUGCCUUCGUUAGCGGCCUCAUUUAGUUAGACAUUACUUACUUUAAUGCGCGUGUAUUAAUUAAGGUUGGUGUAUGAGUCUGUAAAAUAAAAGUUGACUUUGUCAACUGUUGCGCGCGCCCACAUGCGUGUGUGCUUAUUAUAUUCUGUUCUUGUUACAGCGCUUCACAUCAACAAGCGCAUGUCAGUGUGUUCAUUCUUCUGGCAUUUUCAACUUACAUACAGUGCUUUUUAACAUUGAAGUAUGAAUGGAUUGAAUUUCAUUUCAGCUGA